GUCUUAUUGAGGAAAAUAAUCAAGUUACCACUCACACCCCAAAGGCUAACAAAUGAUUGGCACACCAGUGGAUCAGAUGAAGAUCGCUGAGAUCAAGUCUGAGCUAUCAACUUUAUAUGGAAUCAAGGACUUCUCCGAGUGUUUAGAGGUUGAUGACUUGCGGAAAAGGCUUUGUUCUGUGCGCGAUAAGUCCCCCAUCACGCAUGGACUACAGUACGGACCCCUUCUUCGCGUUGGUAACACGGCGAACCCUACCGGACUGGUAACUCUCUUGCACGGCCUCGGUGAUUCCGCGAACGGCUGGGAGGACGCCGCUCGCGAGCUCGCCAGCCGUCUGCCUAAUCUCCUUUUUCUGCUUCCCACUGCCCCCUUGCGGCGGGUGACGAUAAACGGCGGGAUGCUCGGAACGGCGUGGUAUGAUAUUCUUAGCGAUAUCGGCGUCGCCCACGCACCCCACCGACAGGAUGCAGAUGGUGUGCUCAAGUCGGCGGAUUACCUGCGUAGCCUCGCCCAUGUGUCGGCGAAGCAGUUUAAGAUCCCUGCGCAGCGUGUUGUGUAUGCUGGAUUUUCACAGGGUGCGGCAAUUUCGCUGGUUGCGGGGCUUAUCGGGCACUUUGCGGCGGCGGGGGUAGUCUGCAUGUCGGGGUACCUCCCCGCCUCGGAGGAGGUGCUGCCGCUGAUUCGGAAUCGCGAGGUGCCGAUUGCCUUAUUCCACGGCUUGGUGGAUCCGAUCGUCCCGUUCGAUGCGGCCAGGAAAACGAAGGAAGUGCUGCAGUCCAAGGGAGGGGUAGUUUCUUCGAUUGAUUUAUUUGAGUAUAAUAUGCCACACUCAGUGCUUCCUGAGGAGCUUGAUGAGGUUGAAAGGUUUAUCGCACGUGUUCUAUCGUAA